AUGUCUACCACGACCACAGUCACACAGGCCGAGCCCAUCACGGCUCAAAGUAUUCUGCGACUCUUCCCUGAUAUCGACACCAGCUCUGCUGAGUUAGACGGCCAUGAUGCGGAGCAAAUCCGACUCAUGGACGAGGUCUGUAUUGUCCUUGACGAGAAUGACAAGCCUAUUGGAAAUUUCAGCAAGAAAAUAUGCCACCUCAUGACCAACAUCGACAAAGGCCUUCUUCAUCGCGCGUUUUCGGUCUUCCUGUUUAACGACAAAAACGAACUGCUACUGCAACAGCGUGCGACAGAGAAAAUCACCUUCCCAGACAUGUGGACUAAUACCUGCUGCUCUCACCCCCUUGGAAUACCAGGUGAGACCGGCGUGGAGUUGGAGGAGUCUGUCGCUGGUGUAAAGAACGCCGCUGUGCGGAAAUUGGAACAUGAGCUAGGUAUCAAGGCUUCCCAAGUGCCAAUCGAGAACUUCAAAUUUCUCACGCGGAUCCAUUACAAGGCCCCUAGCGAUGGAAAAUGGGGCGAGCAUGAGAUUGAUUACAUCUUGUUUAUCAAAGCGAAUGUCGACCUAGAACCCAACCUGAACGAAGUCCGAGAUACGUGCUACGUUUCUGCCGAUGGGCUAAGGUCGAUGUUCGAAGACCCUUCUCUGAAGUUUACUCCCUGGUUCAAACUUAUCUGCAACUCUCUUCUUUUCGAAUGGUGGGAGCAUCUAGAUUCUGGACUUGAGAAAUACAUGAACGAACAGGAGAUCCGACGUAUGUGA